CAAGGCUCUUCCCAACCCCCAGGCUCCUGCUUCCAGCCCCUCCCAGAGCUGAGGGUGGCCGUUGGGCACAGCAGAAGAGGACAGCUUCUGAGCCCCACCUUUUCCCACCCGCUGCCAGCACCAGGUUGGCGGCUUCUCGCUCAGCUGCCUUGGCAAGAAGGCAGGCCCAGGCUGAAACCAGGUGUGGGGUGGGAGCAACCAGGAGGUGCUCCUGCCAGCCCUUCAUGCUCUUUUUCUCACUUCUCCCUUCUUUUUGUAAAUAAUUGCAGCCUGCUUAGACGUCUGGUGACUCUCAUCUCGCAGCAGGCCACACUGCUGGCCUCCAAUGAAGCCUUUAAAAAGCAGGCAGAGAGUGCUAGUGAGGCGGCCAAGAAGUACAUGGAGGAGAAUGACCAGCUCAAGAAGGGAGCCGCUGUUGACGGAGGCAAGUUGGAUGUCGGGAAUGCUGAGGUGAAGUUGGAGGAAGAGAACAGGAGCCUGAAGGCUGACCUGCAGAAGCUAAAUGACGAGCUGGCCAGCACUAAGCAAAGUGAGGCUCAACCUUGUGUCCUUACCCGGAGGGAAGUCCAGAGGAGCCUCCUCUGCCCGCUGCUGCCCAUUUUGUGCCAAACUAUUAGUAACAAGCCUUGCACGCACGCUCGAGGGCUGCCUGAAAACAAACAAAUAGCACCCUGUUCCUCCAACCCCAAUGCAGUCAUGCUUAGCCCUCAGGCCAGUGAGGCUAAGUGGUUUGAAUGGGGCUCAGGAGGAACCAGGCUGCAGCUGGUGGGCCUUGAUUGCCCCAUGCUAGAGCAGUGCACACUGGGGUUUUCCUGUCCACAGUGUGGCACGGUAGCCCCAGCAUGCCUGGGGGCUGAGAAUGAGGGGAGUGUGUGAGUGGCGUUCAGGAGGGGAGUGGGCGGCUCCCAAGUGGCCUGCCUGUCUUUGGUCUCCCACGCAUAGGCUAAGUCUGGGGCGUUUUCCCCCAACAUCACAGGCCUCUCCUGCUGCUGCUGUCUGCAAGACCUGGUUGUCAUUGGGUCUCGCUUUCAGGCUGGGAUCUUGCUCCCUGUUUCCCACUCUCAACCUCCCUGGAGGUUACCCCUGCAGAAAGCCACUAGAGUUCCCCUCCAUGAAAGGGACUGGGGGACGUCCUCUGUAUUUCUUUUGCUUUAUCUAGCUUUUUUGUUAGCCCUUUC